UUGAGACGUGCCCGCCGCUCGCCCGUCAGUCUGUUGUCAAAAUCAGCUGCCAUUACUGCUUUGGCGCUCUUCCCUUCCCUUCCCUUUAUUUUCGUUCGCCAUUCCGACCCUCGCGUUUCGAGUCCUUGUCGUGUCGUUAUGUUCGCCCGCGGUUCUCUCGGCUGACUGUCCCGCGUCGCGAGUCUCGUUUUUCGACUGCUGCCCUGUAAACUUGUGUUCCGACCGAAAGACUACAGGAGAUUCUGUCAAAAAUCGGCUCAUUGUACUAUAUGGCUUGUCAAACUAUAAUAGUUUACGAUGCAACGCUCGGAUUUGCGACAGAUGUAUUUUCUAUUUCUUCAGAGGAAAAAAAAGAAAGAAUAGAUCUCGCGAGACUCAGAAAGCAGAGAUUCCAAUUUAUAUCUACAAGGCAGAGAGGAGAAAGUACCAAAGUAGUGUAUGCUGCAUAAGAGUCUAUGUGAGAGGGACGUGUUCCUAUUUAUCUAAAGACAAUACAGGAAGCAAGGGUCAAAGAUAAGAACGAUAGUAGUAAAUGCAUUGGUUGAGGAAGCGAUGGACCCAUCGUUGUUUGUUGCAUACACUCCUCAAACAAACGGAGUUCCAUCGGAGUCCAAGCUUGCUACCUACAUGAAUCGCCAGAGCCCUGGUGUAGGAUUGAGCACAAACUCAGUAACCAAGCAUUUGUGUAAUCUUUCUUUGGACUCACAAAAGAAGGUAACUGCCAGCCCCGAAUUUGUGCCAGGAAGAGGCCUUACAGGUAGCAAUAGCAGCUCGCCGAAUCUCUUUAACAAUUCGUACACGCAUUCUCAGGAGAAUGUAGGUGGCACUAUGUACUUUUAUGUGGGAAAUGCCACUACUGACACUGUCGCAGGCGACGAUGGAACCGAGGCGAUUGGACAGGUAGGAACAGGACAGAUCGGUUAUAUCUACCCAGGCACACCGUCACAUCUGCAACCAGUGAAAACUUCAAAACAGCCUUCGUCUAACAAUUCCUCUGCUCCCUCCACACCACCUCCUCAAGCUGCCCCUAGCUUCUUCGUGUGCGAAAAUCUACGACUGGAUAUCUUGCAAAAGAAUGCAUUGACAUUAGCACAGCCUGACGUAGUACGAUUUCCCGAUUUACCUAAUGAGGUUGACAAUUAUCACGAAUUGUGUCCUCUGGAGCCGAUUCAUAAACCUGCCUCGACAGUGCUCGGGUAUCAAACCUCCACGUACAAAGCCACCAGUAUCAAGAACGGCACUCGAUAUUGUCUGCGUCGUAUACAUGAUUUUCGACUUGCCAAUACGAAAUGCAUGGUAGUAGUUGACAUGUGGAAGCGAUUGUCCCAUUCAAAUCUGGUUCAGCUGAGGGAAGUCUUCACUACUAAAGCAUUCGGUGAUCAUUCCAUGGUGUUUGUAUACGACUAUCAUCCCGCAUCGGAAACGUUGCUGAACAAGCAUUUUGCGUCGACUGAAAUGAACGGUUACACCGAUCCAUUUUCGUCGGAUCCAAACGGUCAUCGGCCUUAUAGUCACACAAAGAAUACUAUUCUAAGACAACAACACGGUAGCAUGUUACAGGAAAGUGUUAUUUGGAGCUAUAUCAUUCAACUCACUGCCGCAUUACGUGUUGUCCAUGCUGCUGGCUUGGCAUACAGAUGCUUAGAUCCCACCAAAGUUUUACUUACAUCGCAGACGCGACUUCGCCUGAGUUGCGCCUCCAUUCCGGACGUGGUGACUCUCGAUGGAAACACCUCAAAUCCACUCGCACUCAUGCCACAUUAUCAGCAGGAGGAUUUGGUAGCUCUUGGCAAGCUUGUUUUAGCAUUAGCAUGUCGGAGUCUUAUCGCUAUUCAUCGUGACAAUAUGUCAGCCUCCAUCGAACUCAUCACACGUUCCUACUCAACUGACCUCCGAAACCUCGUCCUAUAUUUGCUGUCUAAUCAACCUCGUAAGAGCGUUACGGAUCUUAUGCCGAUGAUCGGUGCGCGGUUCUAUACGCAGCUGGACGCUGCUCAGAUACAAUCUGAAGUUCUGGAGAACGAACUUGCCAAGGAACUGGAGAACGGGAGACUGUUUAGACUGUUGGUCAAGUUGGCGACUAUCAACGAAAGACCGGAGCUCAACAUGGACCCUUCGUGGGCAGAAACGGGUGACCGCUACAUGCUCAAAUUAUUUAGGGACUAUGUAUUUCAUCAAGUGACAGCUGAUGGUAGACCCUGGCUGGAUAUGGCGCACGUUGUGGCUUGUUUAAACAAGCUCGAUACAGGCUCGCCGGACAAGAUAUGUCUCAUGUCUCGAGAUGAACAGAGUGUUCUAGUAGUAACUUACGCAGAACUACGGCAAUUUCUAGAAACGUCAUUUGGAGAACUGGUACAAGCUACAAAGGACGCUGUCUAAGAUCCAGGGGGAUUCUUUAAACGUUCCUCUGGACGAGGUCCAACAGCGCGUACUCCGAACCAUAAAUGUGAUAUCACCACUUAGCGGUACUAUCAUUUUAAUUUUUAUUGAGAUACUGGAGAGUGAGAAUUGUCGAAUUGUGUUUGAUGGUAAGAAAUAACGCGCAAUCCGGUUUUUUGUAUACAUGAUUUUGAUUGCCGAAUCAAUUAGAUACGCAAAGCGCAUGACAUAUGCGUUGCAUUUAGAAUGUAAGGCGUUAAACCUUCGGGUGUUUAAGUCUAGGGGAUCUAUAGAUCCUCAAAUCUCUUUGGGUUAUUGGAUUUUCCAGUUCGGAUCUUAGGAUCUUUAGAUCUCGGAGAGCUCCGUACGUUAUAUUGGGGUCAAUUGAUCUCUGGAUUUUAGAAUCCUUGGGUUUCAUCAUUGGGUUUUGAAGUCCUUCGAAUAAUUGGAUUCUUGUAAUUCAACAAUUCGAAAAUCUUCAAAUUCUUCUAUCUAUCGAUCCUUAGAUCUUUGGAGUUCUGAUCUCUUGGAAGCUUGAAGUGCGCGAAAGGAAUCAUGUGAUUUUGAUGGUGAAUUGGAUGGCGAUUGUAUUCGCUAUACCUAUUACGGUACUAUACAAAAUUGUACACAACUUAAUAAUGCAAUGGUUUCUUAAGAAAAAUUACUCUUAAGAAGAAAAAAAAUACCUAAACACGCUCGGUGUCUAGGAUAGAGACCUUAGUUUCUAGGAUACAGUUGGUAAGCAUUAAUUUUGAAAUAAAUGUUUAUUUUUGAAAGCAAUCCUAA